AAGGAUUAAAGGAAGAAGGAAGACCACAAAUAUACAGACCUCUAAGAGAUUACUAAGCAACAGCGAGUGUACAGAGACGCCCUAUGCAUCCCUUUGUUAUCUACGUCAUUCCCUUUCUUCUCUUUGUUCACCUUCUCAUCAAAUGGCUCUCCAAAACCACGCACAAAAAAUUACCACCUUCACCACCAAAGCUUCCCGUCGUAGGGAACCUUCUCCAGCUGGGCUUCUAUCCUCACUGCUCUCUCGCUUCACUAGCUCAACGCUACGGCCCACUCAUGCUGCUUCGAUUUGGAAGCCGGCCGACGCUAAUUGUCUCCUCCGCAGAUGCCGCUUGCGAAAUCAUGAAAACCCAUGAUAUCAUCUUCUCGAACAGACCAAGAAUGAGCAUUACCGAUAGACUUCUCUACGAGGGUAAGGAUAUGUCGACAGCUCCUUAUGGUGAGUAUUGGAGACAAAUGAAAACCAUUUGUGUGGUGCACCUUUUGAGUAACAAGAGAGUUCACUCUUUUCGAGCUGUAAGAGAAGAAGAAGUAGCCUUGUUCAUUGACAAGAUCAAAGAUUAUUCUUACUCGCGGUCAUUGCCACUGAAUUUAUGCGUAAUGCUUGCCACCCUUACCAACGACGUGACAUGCCGGGUGGCUUUUGGGAAAAAGUAUAGCGCAGGUACGAAAGGUGGGAGGGAGUUUCAAGAGUUGUUGGGAGAGCUUAUGGGACUGUUGGGUAGUUUCAAUGUGGGGGACUUCAUCCCAUGGCUGGCUUGGGUAAAUCGCAUCAAUGGCUUUGAUGCUCGAGUGGAGAAAGUCGCUAAAGAGUUUGAUAAGUUUCUGGAUGUCAUUGUCGAACAGCACAUGUGUGGUACACUAAAAAGAGAGAGCAAUGGGGAUGGAAGUAUUCAAGGUGAAGAUGAAAACAGUUUAGUGGACGUUUUGCUUGCGAUUCAAAAGGAUAACGUGACUGGCGUCGCCAUUGACAGAGAAAGCAUCAAAGCUCUAAUCUUGGAUGUGUUUGCUGCUGGAACUGAUACUACUUAUACAGUCCUAGAAUGGGCAAUGUCAGAGCUCUUAAGGCACCCUACAAUUAUGAAAAAGGUGCAAAAUGAGGUGAGGGGAAUCGCACGAGGCAAACCCAGCAUAGCAGAGGCUGAUUUACAGGAAAUGCAUUAUCUGAAAGCCUUAAUCAAAGAGACCCUUCGCUUAUAUCCUCCAAUCCCAUUACUUGUUCCCAGAGAAUCAACCCAAGACGUUAAAAUAAAGGGCUAUGACAUUGCCGCAGGAACCCUAGUUUUCACUAAUGCAUGGGCGAUUGGAAGACACCCGGCGUUGUGGGACGAACCGGAGGAAUUCCGGCCGGAGAGGUUCUUGAAUUCUUCUGUAGAUUUCAAAGGACACGAUUUCCAACUCAUCCCGUUUGGAGCUGGAAGGAGGGGUUGCCCAGGAAUUCAAUUUGCCAUGACUACCAAUGAGCUCGUGUUAGCAAAUCUAGUGCACAAGUUUGACUGGGCAUUGCCUGAUGGAGCAAGAGCCGAAGAUUUGGACAUGACCCAACGCACUGGUCUUACUAUCCAUAGAAAGGUUCCCCUCCUUGCUGUUGCAACUCCAACUUCUUGCUAGCUAGAUCGUGUCCUUUUCGGAGCCUACCAAUUAAUUGCUGUGUAGUAAUGUUAUUUAGUAAUUUGAGUAUACCGCAUGUUUUUAUAUGACCGUUGUAUAACAAGAAUGACGUGACAAUAAAAAUUAGUAUUUUUUUUGUUUACAAAUGUUGAUCCAACACUCAUAUAACAAUUUACUAAUUAAAUAGCAUUAAUA